CAUAAGGAACGGUUCCAAGAUGUACACGCGGAACCUAGGCUAAUAAUCGCACUAGAGAUGGAGGCGGCAAAGCGCUCUGCGUUUGUUUAGAAUUUAUAUAGUGGCCGCCCAUUGCCUGCAUUUAAAAAGUUAAAUUGACAUCCCUAGCCGCAGCACGGAUGGAUCACCUAUCGAGGUUCGUAGGUCAGAUGUCCUUGGCAGAUGACAGCAGAGCAGAGGGCAUCAUCUCAUCCGAGUAUAGUGUAAGUGAGAAUCACCAUACCUGUAUAUUCUCAGUUUAUAAUUAAUUCCCAUAGAAAGACAAUAAGACCAGGUAAUAUUUUCUGAUGAAAAAAUGUAUGAUUUAUGGCAUGUGCACAGCACUUCAUGGGACUUUUACAUUGCAAUUGUAUUCAUCAGUUGAUUGCAAAUAACUGGUUGAAGAAUGUCAAAAGAUUGUGUGUACACUGUGCAUGAUGCACAACAUCACAGGUUGCACAUCAUGCACUGGUUCACUUGUAGAUAAGGGUGGGAAACCUGAGAGGUAUGAUGAUUUAAAAAAAGGAAACGUAGGCUACUGAAUUGUUUGUUUGUAUGUUAAAGCUGCUAAUCAUGUUGGCUUGCUUUCUGUAUAGUAUAAUUCAAUGCAUGUUGUAACUUUAAUGCAAUUAACAAAAACCUUCUUUCAAAUCAGUGGCCUCUGUCUUUAAGGCACAUACAGAAGUGAACCUUGCUUAUUUAGUUUUGUUUUGACAUUACACUGAACUGAAUAGCGAAAUUUGCAGAACUAUACAGUAUUUUGUUAAACUACUGUAGGCUAUUGUUCUUCUUACAUCUGAACCUCUGUACGUGUCAAGAUAGGUAGGCUAUUCCUUUUUUUCCUCAUUUAGCUUCCAAAGUUCCAAAGUAAGUUGUUUAUUAACAAUGAGGCCACUAUGUGAAACAUUUCCUUGUUGCAGCUAGUAGGCUGUUGCAUAAGGUUAUUUAUUGACAGUGUUCUAUUAUGAGGGAUGCCAGUGUUAGGUUCUUAUCAGUAAACAUGAUUCUGUUUACUGUUUGUUCGUUGAAUUAAUGACAGUAAUGACUGAAAUAGUAAUACAUGUGAACUAUUUUUUAACCAGCCUCAUUCAAGAGACUAAGAAUGUGCAAAGUGAGAAAUGGUGGUAAUGUAAUAAAGUACUUAUGUCUAUAUUAGGUCAUGAAGAAAGCUGUGAUAUUGUAGCAGUAUUAUUUACGUCCCUCUCCUCGCCCGAACCUGGACUUUAAUUAGCGACACUGAACUCAACAACUGCCUCCCACGGAGCAUCGUUACCUGUCGCUCAACAAAAGCCAUCGAUUGUACUCCCACUAGCGCGCACCGCUAACUAGCUAGCCAUUUCACACUGGUUACAUUAUCACAUACAGUGCUUUCAGAAAGUAUUCACACCCCUUGACUUUUACACAUUUUGUAGUGUUAAAGACUGAAUUUUAAAUAGAUUAUUUUGUCACUGGCCUAUACAUUUAGAUUUUUUUUGUCACUGGCCUAAACAUAAUACCCUAUAAUGUCAAAGUGGAAUUAUGCUUUUCAAAAUGUUUACAAAUUAAUUGAAACUGAAAAGCUGAAAUCGCUUGAGCCAAUAAGUAUUCAACCCCUUUGUUAUGGCAAGCCUAAAUAAGUUCAGGAGUAAAAAUGUAUACAUAAUAACUCUGUGUGCAAUAAUAGUGUUUAACGUGAUUUUUGAAUUACUACCUCAUCUCUGGACGCCACACAUACAAUUAUCUGUAAGGUCCCUUAGUCGAGCAGUGAAUUUCAAACACAGAGUCAACCACAAAGACCAGGGAGGUUUUCCAAUGCCUCGCAAAGGGAACCUAUUGGUAAAAAAUAAAUACAUAAUAAUAAUAUCCCUUUGAGCAUGGUGAAGUUAUGAAUUACACUUUGGAUGGUAUAUCAAUACACCCAGUCACUACAAAGAUACAAGCGUCCUUCCUAACUCGGUUGCCGGAGAGGAAGUAAACCACUCGGAUUUAACCACGGUGGUGAUUUUAAAACAGGGUCGAGUUUAAUGGCUGUGAUAGGAAGAAACUAAGGAUGGAUCAACAACAUUAUAGUUACUCCACAAUACUAACCUAAUUUACAGAGUGAAAAUAAGGAAGCUUGUACAGAAUACAAAUAUUCCAAAACGUGCAUCCUGUUUGCAACAAGGCACUAAAGCACGGCUCUCCAACCCUGUUCCUGGAGAGCUACCGUCCUGUAGGUUUUCACUUUAACCCUAAUCUAGCUCACCUGAUUCUAAUAAUUAGCUGGUUGAUAAACUGAAUCAGGUUAGUUUCAACUAGGGGUGGAGCGAAAAUCUACGGGAGGGUAGCUCUCCAGGAACAGGGUUGCAAAACACUAAAGUAAUACACAGGGUUGCAAAACACUAAAACACUAAAGUAAUAUUGCAAAACAUUUGGCAGAACAGUUACGUUUUUGUCCUGAAUACAUUGACAUUUUUACAUUUUAGUCAUUUAGCAGACGCUCUUAUCCAGAGCGACUUACAGUUAGUGCAUACAUUAUUUUAUUUUUCAUACCCCGUGGGAAUCGAACCCACAACCCUGGUGUUGCAAACACCAUGCUCUACCAACUGAGCUACAUCCCUUACAAAGUGUUAUGUUUGGGGCAAAUCCAAUACAACACAUUACUGAGUAACACUCUCCAUAUUUUCAAGCAUCAUGUUAAGGGUAUGCUUAUAAUCGUUAACAACUGGGGAGUUUUUCAGGAUAAAAAAGAAACCGAAUGGAGAUAAGCACAGGCAAAAUCCUAGAGGAAAACCUGGUUCAGUCUGCUUUCCAACAGACACUGGGAGAUGAAUUAGUUUUACUUUCAAAUUUUUCUUCCACUUUAACAUUACAGAUUAUUUUGUGUAGAUCAUUGACAAAAAAUACAAUUAAAUCCACUUUAAUCCCACUUUGUAACACAACAAAAUGUGGAAAAAGUAAAGAGAUGUGAAUACUUUCUGAAGGCACUGUGCAGUAGCCUAACACAGAUAUCUGUGACGAAAAUCAGACACCACAGAGUUAUGUCUUUCUGGCAUCUGGUUGCUACAACCUUUCUGACAUCUGGUUGCUACAACCAUUCUGGCAUCUGGUUACUACAACCUUUCUGACAUCUGGUUACUACAACCUUUCUGGCAUCUGGUUGCUACAACCUUUCUGACAUCUGGUUGCUACAACCUUUCUGACAUCUGGUUGCUACAACCUUUCUGGCAUCUGGUUGCUACAACCUUUCUGACAUCUGGUUGCUACAACCUUUCUGGCAUCUGGUUGCUACAACCUUUCUGGCAUCUGGUUGCUACAACCUUUCUGACAUCUGGUUGCUACAACCUUUCUGGCAUCUGGUUGCUACAACCUUUCUGGCAUCUGGUUGCUACAACCUUUCUGAUAUCUGGUGGCUACAAGUAUAUUUCCACUCAGGGGUCUUUCAUUUCUCAGAAACUGUACAUCUCAAAAUAAAUAGCAAACCACAUUCUUACUGUUGCGUGUCAUCGACUGUCAGCUAUAUUAGCUCCUGCAUAAGUUUGAUUGUGAGUUCUUGCACUAAGCUAAGGACUUCUUAUAUGUUUCUUGUGCAACAUCUUAAAUAUCUCUGUAUGCUACUUGUCUUGAAAAUAUUUUUUGUGACAAAAGGGAUGAGGGAAUAUGGCUAUUAUCUGGUUACUAAUGUGUAAAGAUUGGUUUAGUUUGACCCUACCUGAGACUUCCUUCAUUCAAGGUUUCUGCUCUCAAUCUAGUUCUACUUAAUUACAGUUUCACAAUCAUGAAAGUUGCUCCAAAUCUCAUCUCAGCUUCCCUGUCUCUUUGUGUUUGUAGAAAAUCCGUGCUCGGACUUCCAUCAUCAAGAAAGAUCUUGGCCUUACGACGGAAGCAGGGGCACUGAAGCACAAUGUAAAGAAGAAUCGUUACAAAGACAUUUUACCAUGUAAGCACAACGAUGGAUACUUAAAGAACGUUAUUGGUUUUUACUCUAAUUGAAAAUGAGAAACUCAUGUAUUUUUAUAUAGAUGACCAGACCCGUGUGCCCCUAACUCUACUGACGAAUGAGAAUGAUUCUGACUAUAUCAACGCCAGCUUUAUUAAAGUACAGUAUUGCUUUCUCUCAUUCAGUAAAUCCUAUUGCGUAUCAUUCAGCUCAGUCUGAAGCUGAAUAUUCUGCUAUAUCUGGUUUGUCCUCUAGGGUGCAACAGAGACCAGAAAAUACAUAGCGACCCAAGGGCCUCUGAGCCACACUUUGGUUGACUUCUGGCAAAUGAUUUGGCAGUAUGAUGUAAAGGUAAGGAAGAUAGUAUUCAGCUUUCCUAUCAAUGUAGUACCGCGUGUACAGUACCUCUGUUACCAUGUCAUUGUAACAUGUAACAUUUAAGGGGGGGAAAAAAGAGUUCACAGAUGAAGAAUGGGAAAAUUGUCUCCAAAUCUAAUGUUACCUCUAUUGUCUAUCCCUAUUUAGGUUAUAAUCAUGGCUUGCAGAGAAAUUGAAAUGGGAAAGGUAAAUGCCCUUUUAAUCACCUCUGAAUAAAAACAAGUUAAAGUGGAAGUGUGAACAUAUUAGUGUACUGUAUGAUUUAGAAACUUUAAUGCUUGUGUCCACUUGACUCAUAACAUUGUAUUUGUUUCGGUGUCUUUUUUCUUUAGAAAAAGUGUGAGCGCUAUUGGACAACUGUCCUAGAAACAACCCCUUUUGGUCCCUUUAUUGUCUCAAACGUAAGUUUUUGUCAGUGCCUUCGGAAAGGAUGCAGAUCCCUUGACUUUUUCCACAUUUUGUUAUGUUACAGCCUUAUUCUGAAAUUGAUUAAAUGAAAAACUGUCCUUAGCAAUCUACACACAAUACCCCAUAAUGACAAAGCGAAAACAGGUUUUUAGAAAUGUUUGCUAAUUUAUUUAAAAAAUACAAACAGAAAUACCUUAUUUACAUAAGUAUUCAGACCCUUUGCAAUGAGACUCAAAGUUGAGCUCAGGUGCAUUCCUGUUUCUAUUGAUCAUCCUUGAGAUGUUUCUACAACUUGAUUGGAGUCCACCUGUGGUAAAUUCAAUUGAUUGGACAUGAUUUGGAAAGGCAGACACCUGUCUAUAUAAGGUCCCACAGUUGACAGUGCAUGUCAGAGCAAAAACCAAGCCAUGAGGUCGAAGGAAUUGUCCGUAGAGCUCCAAGACAGGAUUGGGUCGAGGCACAGAUCUGGGGAAGGGUACCAAAAAAGGUCUGCAGCAUUGAAGGUCCCCAAGAACACAGUGGCCUCCAUCAUUCUUAAAUGGAAGAAGUUUGGAACCACCAAGACUCUUCCUAGAGCUGGCCGACCGGCCAAACUGAGCAAUCGGGGGAGAAGGGGCUUGGUCAGGGAGGUGACCAAGAACCCAAUGGUCACUCUGACAGAGCUCCAGAGUUCCUCUGUGGAUAUGGGAGAACCUUCCAGGACAACCAUCUCUGCAGCACUCCACCAAUCAGGCCUUUAUGGUAGAGUGACCAGACGGAAGCCACUCCUCAGUAAAAGGGACAUGACAGCCCUCUUGGAGUUUGCCAAACGGCACCUAAACACUCUCAGACCAUGAGAAACAAGAUUCUCUGGUCUGAUGAAACCAAGAUUGAACUAUUUGGCCUGAAUGCCAAGCAUCAAGUCUGGAGGAAACCUGGCACCAUCCCUACAGUGAAGCAUGGUGGUGGCAGCAUCAUGCUGUGGGGAUGUUUUUCAGCGGCAGGGACUGGGAGACUAGUCAUGAUCGAGGCAAAGAUGAACGGAGCAAAGUACAGAGAGAUCCUUGAUGAAAACCUGCUCCAGAGCCUCAGACUGGGGUGAAGGUUCACCUUCCAACAGGACAACAACCUUAAUCACACAGCCAAGACAAGGCAGGAGUGGCUUCGGGACAAGUCUCUGAAUGUCCUUGUGUGGCCCAGCCAGAGCCCGGACUUGAACCCGAUCGAACAUCUCUGGAGAGACCUGAAAAAGCUGUGCAGCAACGCUCCCCAUCCAACCUGACAGAGCUUGAGAGGAUCUGCAGAGAAAAAUGGUAGAAACUUCCCAAAUACAGAUGUGCCAAGAUUGAGGCGUCAUACCCAAGAAGACUCGAUGAUGUAAUCGCUGUCAAAGGUGCUUCAACAAAGGACUGAGUAAUGGGUCUGAAUACUUAUGUACAUUUGAUAUUUCCGUUUUUUGUUUUUACUAAAUUAGCAAACAUUUCUAAAAGCCUGUUGCUUUGUCAUUAUGGGGUAUUGUGUGUUGAUUGAUGAAGGAAAAAAAUGAUUUAAUAAAUUUGAGAAUAAGGCUGUAACGUAACAACAUUUGGAAAAAGUCAAGGAGUCCAAACACUUUCCGAAGGCACUGUACCUUAAUUGUAUUGUAUACUGUGAAGAUACACAGACCACAGACUUUCUAGCACCAUUGACACAACUUUCAGUUGAUGCAGAUUUGUCUGCUUAGUUGUAUUACUAUUCAUCAAGUAGUCUGUCUAGACAGAUGGGUUGCCUCCCACAAUGUUACCAAAGUUCCAGCAUGCACAGAGUGCUGUCCCACUGGGCACAGACGUCAAUAUAACGUAUAGUCCACGUUGGUUCAGCUUCAUUUCAUUGAAAUGAUGUGGAAACAACAUUGAUUCAACCAGUGUGUACCCAGUGGGGUUGUUCUAUGUUCUAUAGUCUUGGUUAACCGAGACUAUUCAUGAACAGUUCCCUUUUUACCCAACAGCCUCCACAGAUGAUGUGUCAGUUCCUGUGUACUACGUUUACUCAGUUGGUUAUUUACAUUUUACAUUUUACAUUUUACAUUUUAGUCAUUUAGCAGACGCUCUUAUCCAGAGCGACUUACAGUUAGUGAGUGCAUACAUUUUUUUUUGUUUCAUACUGGUCCCCCGUGGGAAACAAACCCACAACCCUGGCGUUGCAAAUGCCAUGCUCUACCAACUGAGCUACACGGGACAACAUGGCAUAUCGACCCACAUGUUGUUGUCUGAAUGAAAUCACAGGGACCUGUUUAAGGAAACACUAGAACAUUUUUAUUGAAAUAUUAUCAUGUCUUUGCAGCUUGAGGAAUCAAAACCAAAUGAGGAAGUAGUCAUGCGGACUCUGACAGUGAGAUAUCAUAAUGUAAGUGUCCAACUGUGAAAAGGGUAUUAUUUUGUGUUGUUUUCUGUCAGCAGCACUAGUCAAAGAAUUCUUAAAAAUUGUAGAAAACAAUCAGUGUUAUUUUCUAACAACCACUAUCCUCUUUGGAUAAUCUCACAUUAUUUGUUGGUAUCCAGGAAGUUGAAUGAGAGGGAGCCAGUGAAGUCACAUUAUUUGUUGGGAUCCAGGAAGUUGAAUGAGAGGGAGCCAGUGAAGUCAUAUGCAAACCAUGUUUUCUGCUUGUCUAGGAAACACGGACUAUCUCUCAAUUCCAAUACACAGCUUGGCCUGAUCAUGACAUUCCAUACACAGCUGGUGGUAUUUUAGGAAUGAUGGAUAUGGCUCGCAAAGCCCAGGGAAACAACACUAGCCCAAUUCUCAUCCACUGCAGGUCUGUUUGUCCCCAUUACAUGACGUACAACACAGCCCUAUGAUUACUGUCUGCCCGGUGGACUUGUGCUCUGAAAUGAAAUUGACACUUUUCAGAGACAGAUUAUGAUCCAUAUGGCCAUUAAAAUGUAUCAAUGCAUAUCAUUCAAUGUUGUUUUAUCACAAGGCCACAUGUACUCCUUGAGCGCCAUGCAUUUUAAUGAUGCCAUUUAGAUCAAGUGAGACAUGUUAAAUAUUCAGGACCUGAUGGGGUCUACCAUGUCAUAUCCAGACUUGUGUUCAUGUUGUGAACUUCUCUGGUAAUAUUUUAGUACUAUCAGAGACUGAAUGGAGCAGACCAUACCAUGUAUUUGGUUGUGUUUUGUGUUUUCAGUGCUGGUUGUGGAAGAACAGGGGUGAUUUGUGCCCUGGAUUAUGUCCAUGAUCUUCUUGUGACAAAGGUAUUACUUAUGUUCACUGCAUUAAAUUGAUGGCAUCAUUUAGGGAAUUGGUUUUACAAGACCUUUGUAGACUGCAACUAAAAACAAUAGAACGGCAAAAGAUUUUAAAAAAUAUAUGUGGAUAUGAGUGUCUUGACUAAUACAUUCUCAUAUUUCUACACCAGCAAAUCAAAGAAGAUUUCAAUAUCAUGAAGAUUGUAGUGGAACUAAGGAGACAGAGGCCAUCAGCUGUUCAGACAAAGGUAUGUUAUUAUCAGACAGAAUGAAAUAUGAGAAAUGUUGUUUAUUUACUGCUAGGUGUUAUAUAUCAUGCAUUAAAUACUGUCAUUCUCUCCUGUGGAAAUGUUGGCUUCAAUCAUCUGUUUUUCCAUCUCUCCACCCAGGAGCAGUAUCAGUUUGUGUUUUCUGCCGUGGCUUACAUGUUUGAGAAGGCUUUACGGUCACCUGAGAACAACUACCAGAAUCUCACCAAGGUAAGACAGAAACAGCAGGAAAACUGCUGCUGUUGUUCAACCAUACAGUAUCAGGUUUUUGUCAUUGCUAUCUCCAACCGACAGAUGUUAGCCUUUCUAAAGGCAAAAUACAACACAGUAUUCAACAAAUGCCAUACUAGCGUUCAUGUUCAAGCGAGCUUUACUAGAACAAUAAGACAUGAGAGGGCAUGCAGUAUUAUGGGGAUUAUUGGCAUGUCUGUGAUGCGGUCAGAUGCCGCGUUUACACAGGCAGCCCAAUUCAGAUCUUUUGCCGCAUUAGAUCAGAUCUUUUGCCAAUAAUUGGGCAAAAGAUCAGAAAUGGGCUGCCUGUGUAAACGCAGCCAAAGGUACAAGGCAAAGCUGACACCAUCUGUUAUAAAAACCCUCCUUUCUUUUCCUUGUGUCAUCCAUUUAAUCUGAUCAUAUUACACUUCCGUCUGAUAUUUCAAUGUGAUGAGUGGAGUAAAAAGAAAAGAAAAAAACUGUUACGUAGGACACCAGCCAUCAUGCUUCCUCUCUAUGCAAAUAUUGGCACAUAGAAGAUGAUUGUUCACACAUUUUCAUACAGAGCCUGAACUUUAGAGACACAGUCCUAUACCUCUCUGAUCCUAAACUGCCUAUGUUGUUGUUAAUAGAGUAACCAACCUCUCUAUGAUGACGUUGAGUCUGUGAAGACCCCUCCAGCAAUAACAUCAGCCAUCGCUCAGCCACUUGAAAAAAGGUAGGAGCAAGUAUUCUUUCUUUGUUCAGUAUGAUGUGUGAUGUUCAUCAACAUACACACAAUAACAACAACAGUUGUGACUUUAAUAAGCAGCCUGAGAUAAUGAUAUACCACAGUCAGGUGCUCAGAUACAAUGUGGAGAGGUUGACUUUCAGGUUGAGAGAGAGAGAGAGAGAGAGAGAGAGAGAGAGAGAGAGAGAGAGAGAGAGAGAGAGAGAGAGAGAGAGAGAGAGAGAGAGAGAGAGAGAGAGAGAGAGAGAGAGAGAGAGAGAGAGAGAGAGAGACUCUCUUAGGGAAGGAAGUGAGCUUCCUGUUUUGUACAAGUGAUUCCACUGUCAUCUAUUUCAGUUGGCUGUACAACAGUAUUUGCAGUUUUAGUGUAUAUAGGCUUAUCAAUACUAAGUAAUGUAUUAAUAUUUUCACUGAUUAAGAUUGAUUGAUUAAGUAGAUUAUUACAAAAUACAGUAGAUGUGAUAUGCACCUGCCUUGACAAUUAAGCAAACAGUAUUAAAGUUGCAAUAUGUAACCUUUUGGGCGAACGACCAAAUUCACAUACAGUGAGGGAAAAAAGUAUUUGAUCCCCUGCUGAUUUUGUACGUUUGCCCACUGACAAAGACAUGAUCAGUCUAUAAUUUUAAUGGUAGGUUUAUUUGAACAGUGAGAGACAGAAUAUGAAACAAAAAAAAUCCAGAAAAAUGCAUGUACAAUUUAAAAAAAAUUGAUUUGCAUUUUAAUGAGGGAAAUAAGUAUUUGACCCCUCUGCAAAACAUUACUUAGUACAUGGUGGCAAAACCCUUGUUGGCAAUCACAGAGGUCAGACGUUUCUUGUAGUUGGCCACCAGGUUUGCACACAUCUCAGGAGGGAUUUUGUCCCACUCCUCUUUGCAGAUGUUCUCCAAGUCAUUAAGGUUUCGAGGAUGACAUUUGGCAACUCAAACCUUCAGCUCCCUCCACAGAUUUUCUAUGGGAUUAAGGUCUGGAGACUGGCUAGGCCACUCCAGGACCUUAAAGUGCUUCUUCUGGAGCCACUCCUUUGUUUCCUUGGCCGUGUGUUUUGGGUCAUUGUCAUGCUGGAAUACCCAUCCACGACCAAUUUUCAAUGCCCUGGCUGAGGGAAGGAGGUUCUCACCCAGGAUUUGAAGGUACAUGGCCCCGUCCAUCGUCCCUUUGAUGCUGUGAAGUUGUCCUGUCCCCUUAGCAGAAAAACACACCCAAAGCAUAAUGUUUCCACCUCCAUGUUUGACGGUGGGGAUGGUGUUCUUGGGGUCAUAGGCAGCAUUCCUCCUCCUCCAAACACGGCGAGUUGAGUUGAUGGCAAAGAGCUCGAUUUUGGUCUCAUAUGACCACAACACUUUCACCCAGUUCUACUCUGAAUCAUUCAGAUGUUCAUUGGCAAACUUCAGACGGGCCUGUAUAUGUGCGUUCUUGAGCAGGGGGACCUUGCGGGCGCUGCAGGAUUUCAGUCCUUUACGGCGUAGUGUGUUACCAAUUGUUUUCUUGGUGACUAUGGUCCCAGCUGCCUUGAGAUCAUUGACAAGAUCCUGCCGUGUAGUUCUGGGCUGAUUCCACACCGUUCUCAUGAUCAUUGCAACUCCACGAGGUGAGAUCUUGCAUGGAGCCCCAGGCCGAGGGAGAUUGACAGUUAUUUUGUGUUUCUUCCAUUUGCGAAUAAUCGCACCAACUGUUGUCACCUUCUCACCAAGCUGCUUGGCGAUUGUCUUGUAGCCCAUUCCAGCCUUGUGUAGGUCUACAAUCUUGUCCCUGACAUCCUUGGAGAGCUCUUUGGUCUUGGCCAUGGAGGAGAGUUUGGAAUCUGAUUGAUUGAUUGCUUCUGUGGACAGGUGUCUUUUAUACAGGUAACAAGCUGAGAUUAGGAGCACUCCCUUUCUCAGCUCGUUACCUGUAUAACAGACACCUGGGAGCCAGAGAUCUUUCUGAUUGAGAGGGGGUCAAAUACUUAUUUCCCUCAUUAAAAUGCAAAUCAAUUUAUAACAUUUUUGACAUGCGUUUUUCUGUUUUUUUUUGUUGUGAUUCUGUCUCUCACUGUUCAAAUAAACCUACCAUUCAAAUUAUAGACUGAUCAUGUCUUUGUCAGUGGGCAAACGUACAAAAUCAGCAGGGGAUCAAAUACUUUUUUCCCUCACUGUAGAAGUUUAAGUUAUAGAUAUGUCAUUCUCAUUGAAAGCAAGUCUAAGAAGCGAUAAAGCUGUUCUAUGUGCACUAUUUCUAUGCUUCCCGUUUUUAAGUUUCGUUUGCUCAUUUACUUUCGGUUUUGUACACCAGCUUCAAACAGCUGAAAAUACAAUAUUUUUGUUUAUGGAAAAUACAUUUCAUGCGGUUUCGAUAGUACAAUGAUUCUCUACACUAUACUUGCUUGUUUUGUCACAUAAACUGAAAUUAGGCUAAUUUUAGCAACCAGGAAAUGGCUGAGCGAUUUCUGCAUAGUAUCUUUAAUAUUGAGAAAUGUACUGUAUAUUCAAAUACAUUGUUGUGGUACACAUUCAAGAUCUUAAAGUAAAAUGUACUUUAAGCCAGUUAGUUUUAGUUAAAUUUGACAGAACUUUAGGGAAACAUGAUUAAUGGAACAGAAGGAUUUCACCAUUCCUGUACCACUAAACAUUCAUCAUGCUGCAGAGGAAGUGACACACUGGGCUGUUAAACACUUUCACAUCCUCUCUCCUCCCUCCAAUAUGUUAAACUGUUACCAAGAACCCGUCAGCUCGUAUCACAGGCUUAAAUAAAAAAUGAUCUAUUUCUCUGUAAACAUGGUCAAAGAGUCAGUAGGAAAUCGAUAUUGUAGCACUGAAAUUCUUAAUCAAUCUUAAUUCUAUAAUCUAUACCGAUAUACUAAUGGUAAGAAUCCACUGUAGAAGCCCCAGAAAGAAAACAGACUAGAUCAUGAAAAUUCAGUCACAUGUAUAAAGUCAUGGCCAUCUUAGAGCAGAAACGAUAAGGCCACAUUUGUACUUUUUACUUCUUACUGUUGGUGGAAUUGUUGAUGUCUACUCCUCUUUAGAAAUUCUAGUGUGCAGUCCAGAGUGCCUCAACCACGCCAGCAGAAGAUGGAUGACACCUAUGCUGUGGUCAACAAGUCCAAACAGCUUCCGCCACCAGCCUCUUCCUCGGCUCUUCCAGCCGCUCUCCAUCACUAUGACAACGCAGAGCUGGGCACCACGAACUGCCCUGCCACUGCUCUCUAUAGCACGGUCAAGCCCAAGAGCAGGUGUCCUCCAGCCAAUCCACCUCCAGCCUCACCCUUAUAUGACACAGCUAGACCAGCCAAUCACAGGCUAGCUGAGGCCUCGUCAGGGAAGGAGCAGAGUGACUAUGAGCAGGUCACAGGUGAGAGCAUUUUAGGGAGACCAAUGUGAGGCCAGCUCUGAUUUUGUUUUAGUCAUUAUGCCCUGCACAGAAUAUCCAGUCUUUUAAAAGAGCAUUGCAAUCUAAUUUAGAUCUAGUAACCUCAGUCCAGUACUGUGAAACACUGGUGAAAUUGUGUAAUGUGUAUUACGAGGGAGUACACUGGCAUUUUAAGUAAUACAUCAAUGCUAAAAGUAAUUUGAGUUCAGUUUCUUCAGUUUCUUUUCAGUAACAAUUCCUUGACAACCAUAUUGAGCUGUUUAUGUGGGAAAUGUUUUACUGAUUCUUACUGUUUGCUUUUUUCUAGCUGAGCAUCAUUCUUCGACGGAAGAUCACUAUGAAUAUGUCUCAAAUCCCAUCAAAGACAUGACCAACAGCUGUACUCCUGGUAGCAUGGGUGAAUAGCUGCUCGUGUUUGUGAUACUAUUAUCCAAUGCCAUUUACUGUUACCAUCCCAUGAUAUUAUAGCCACCCAAUGUAAUAUUGUUAAUGUACUUGCAGGUGUCUUCAACUAACCCCAACCACAUUUCUCAACUGUCCCUCAGGGUUCAACUGUCGCAUUAAGAAACCCAAAGGGCCCCGGGAUCCCCCGGCAGAGUGGAGUCAUGUGGAGAGAUGAUACAGCAGCCAGAUACCAGGUCUGGCAAAAGUGUAUUCAACACUUUACAUGUUUUUAGAAGCAAUGGGAAGGGGCACUUUCAUAGAGGUUUUUUAACUUGCUGUGAACAUCUAUGUGAUCACAAAACUACAGUUAUCUUUUGUAACCCAUUUGAGUUUGUAUAUUUUUCAGAUCUUUUGUACCACUAAUUUAUUGAUAGUGAUUUAUAUUACUGAUGGAAAAUAAAAACUAUUAUUAAACAUCUUUCCAUUCUGAGACAAGUAUUGGUUUUGGAUACUAACCUAAGGUUCUUCAGCUGUCCCCAUAGG